AUGACGAGACGAGAUCCGAAGCAGACCAAUGCCUAUCUCGUGGGCGGGGGCAUUGCGUCUCUCACGGCGGCCGUUCAUCUCUACUACGAUGCCGGCGUGCCGGCGACACAAAUCCACAUCAUCGAGGCUGCCCCGGUGCCGGGCGGGUCUAUGGGCCAGUCAAGCGGCACCGACGACGACACCUGGAAGAGCGGCUACGUGAUUCUGGCUGCCCGCAAGCUCAACUUCUCCUACCGAUGUCUGUUCGAUACGCUGGCCAAGGUUCCAUCGAUGCGAAAUCCCGGCCUGACGGUGCUCGACGACGUCCGUGGCAUCAUCGACGAGGACGACGACCUCGUCGAGGUGCGAGCGGCAGACGCGAACGCUGAUGCAGCGGCAGACGCAACGGCAGACGCAGCCAGAGCGGCACGCAGGCGCACCCGAACGAACCACAAUAUCGACCACAAUAUUGCCCCGUACAGCAGCCACGACGACGACCGCAAAUCAGCAUCCUCCUUUCCCGCCCGUCUUGUGGCCUCUGGUCCCGACGGGCCCGAGAUCGUCGACGUGCAGAAAAUGGGUCUGCGGUCAGAAGAAAAAUUGGGCCUAUUGGGCCUGAUCCUCGAGCAGGAAGACUGCAUCGGCGACGGCCAGAUCCAGACCCACUUCAAGCCCGAGUUCUUCGAGUCCAAGUUCUGGGAUGUCUGGGCCAGCCUGUACGGCUUCCAGCCGUGGCACAGUGCCGUCGAGUUCCGUCGCUAUCUGCUGCGCUUUCUGCACGAGUUCUCGCACAUCAGCACGUUGGAGGGCAUCGACCAUGCGCCCCUUAACGACUAUGAGUGCAUCAUACAACCCCUGGGGCAGCAUCUUAAGAGUCUCGGUGUAGACUUUCAAUCUGACCAGCGAGCAGAGACGCAGGUAUGCGAGGUCAAGUUCGCACCCGGCGACAAGGUUCACGUCAGCGAGCUUCGCAUCAAGCGGCGGGCCGACGCCACGGACAGCGCCAUCGUCAUCGGCGACGCGGACAUUGUGCUAAUCACGUUGGGCACCAUGACGGCCAGCAUGCGCUUCGGCACCGACAGCAAGCCACCACCGCCGCUUCCGAGCCAGGAGGCCGUCAACGCAGAUCCGGGCCCAGUCUGGCGCUUCUGGGCGUCGUUGGCCGACCCAAACAAGAACCCCCACCACGCUGAGUUUGGGCGACCGAAGCAUUUCUACGGCCACAUCUCCAAGUCGUCGUGGCUCUCGUUUACGAUUACGCUCGCGGGAACGGCCACGUCCGUGUUUGAUCACUUGAGGGAAUGGGCCGGGUUUGAGAGCCCGGAAAGGCCGGAAAAGCCGGACAGGGCCGAAAAGGCAGGCCCGGGUCAUGCGGCCAGCAUCUCUGGCGACAGCAGCUCCGACAAAGACAGCUUCAGCAACAGCAACGGCCCGCUCAUCACGUUUCGCGACAGUCCCUGGAUGAUGUCCAUCACGAUGCCGCACCAGCCGUAUUUUACCGGCCAACCCGACGACGUGUGCGUGCUGUGGGGUUAUGGGUUGUAUCCGGACCAGGAAGGCCUGUUUGUGCAGAAGCCCAUGAUGGCCUGCACGGGCGCCGAGAUCUUCUCGGAGCUGCUGGCCUACCUCAACAUCCCGGCACCACAGCUGUGGCAAGGCAGUGGCAGCGAUCCGAUGGCCACGACCGGCUCGGUGACGACGAUCCCAUGCCUCAUGCCGUUUAUUGGAGCGCCCUUCCUCACGCGCACGGACGGCGACCGGCCACGCAUACUGCCAAAGUCGAGCGACAACCUCGGCCUGUUGGGGCAGUUUGUCGAGAUGGAGCGGGACGUGACGUUUACGAUGGAAUAUUCGGCCAGAUCAGCCCAGACGGCCGUCUACAGCCUGAUGGGGUUGGAUAAAAAGGCACCCGAGGUGCAUCGCGGCGAUCGAGACGUGCAGGUUCUCGGCAAGAUGCUCAUGACCAUCAUGAGUUAA